AGCAUUGAAGUUUUAGUUACAAUGAUGUUUCUGUUUUGAGUGUUGAGUUGUAAGUUCAUUUCAUUUGAGUUUGCUUACUCUUUUCAAAUUAUUGCUAACUUUGUGGUGUUUUUUUAUUUUAACACAUUUUAUUAUUCAAAAGUAAAUUUUAUCAAUGCAUGUAUAUACAAUGUAAAUACACAAGGAUUGUCUUUUAAAAAUAUUUUUAAAGCUGUAUUAUGAAUGUGACAUUGUCUAAUGACUAAUUGGAAAAAAACUAUUAUGGAAAUCUAUAUCUUUAUUUUAAUGAUUUCAGGUUUUCAGUAAAAAUGGGCUUUCCCCUGGUCACUUCAACAUGAAGUUCUCCAACAAAGUGGAUGAAUACAGGGUGAAACGAAGGGAGAAGAUGAAAUUGCCAGGGACAAAACGCAGACGUCUUAUCCUAAAACAAGAAAGAGCAAUGCAAAUGAAUACAUCCGAGGCAUCUGAGGGGUCCACCUAUCAAUCAGAGAUUGGUUUAGGUACAGAGGCUGACAUUGAACAGAUUCCGGAUUCCAUUCCCAAGCCAAAUUUUGGUGCUGUCCAAAAGCUGAAGAACAUGGAGGCAAAGUACAUUACAUUUGAUCUUGAAACUACAGGUCUUAGUAAGUUCUUUGAUAAUUUUCCCUUUUUUCAGACAAAAUGUGAUUGCGGAUAUUACAGAUACUAAAAUGAUUAUCUAUAUACCCGGUAUAUGUACUUUUGCUGUCUAAAUCAUGAUCACGAAUCAAAAUAAAUG